AUGGAGCGGGAGCCGGCGGCGGCCGAGGAGCCGGAGCUCCCGUGGCGGCGGCGGAGGCGGCGGCGGCGGCGGCGGCGGCGCCGGGAGGGCAGGACGCGCACGGUGCGCUCCAACCUGCUGCCGCCCCCGGGCGCCGAGGACUCCGCGGCGGGUGCGGCCAAGGGCGAGCGGCGGCCGCGGCGGCGGCUGCGCGGGUGUGGCCAGCACCUGGCCGACAACAGGCUGAAGACCACCAAGUACACGCUGCUGUCCUUCCUGCCCAAGAACCUGUUCGAGCAGUUCCACCGCCUGGCCAACGUCUACUUCGUCUUCAUCGCGCUGCUCAACUUCGUGCCGGCCGUGAACGCCUUCCAGCCCGGCCUGGCGCUGGCGCCCGUGCUCUUCAUCCUGGCGGUCACGGCCUUCAAGGACCUGUGGGAGGACUACAGCCGCCACCGCUCCGACCACGAGAUCAACCACCUGGGCUGCCUGGUCUUCAGCAGGGAAGAGAAGAAGUACGUGAACCGAUUCUGGAAAGAAAUCCACGUGGGAGACUUUGUGCAACUUCGCUGCAAUGAGAUCAUCCCUGCGGACAUUCUGUUGCUCUCGUCCAGUGACCCGGAUGGGCUAUGCCACAUUGAGACCGCCAACCUGGACGGAGAGACCAACCUGAAGCGGCGGCAGGUGGUGCGCGGCUUCUCGGAGCUGGUCUCCGAAUUCAAUCCUUUGACCUUCACCAGCGUAAUCGAGUGUGAGAAGCCAAACAAUAACCUGUCUAGGUUUCAUGGUUGCAUCAUUCACAACAAUGGGAAGAAGGCCGCACUGUAUAAAGAAAACCUGCUGCUACGAGGCUGCACCAUCAGGAACACAGAGGCGGUGGUGGGCAUUGUCAUCUAUGCAGGACAUGAAACCAAAGCUCUGCUGAACAACAGUGGACCCCGCUACAAGCGCAGCCAGCUUGAGAGGCAGAUGAACUGCGAUGUGCUCUGGUGUGUCCUUCUCCUCAUUUGUAUGUCUCUGUUUUCAGCGGUCGGCCAUGGAUUGUGGAUACAGCGGUAUCAAGAGAAGAAAGCACUGUUUGAUGUCCCUGAGUCUGAUGGCAGCGCCUUGUCCCCAGUCACAGCUGCGGUUUACUCAUUUUUGACAAUGAUAAUAGUUCUGCAGGUUUUGAUCCCAAUUUCCUUGUACGUUUCCAUUGAAAUUGUUAAGGUGUGCCAAGUAUACUUCAUUAACCAGGACAUAGAGUUGUACGACGAAGAGACAGACUCACAGCUGCAAUGCCGAGCUCUGAAUAUCACAGAAGACUUGGGGCAAAUACAGUAUAUCUUCUCAGAUAAAACUGGCACUUUAACGGAGAAUAAGAUGGUUUUCCGAAGAUGCACUGUGUCGGGCAUAGAGUAUUCCCAUGAUGCAAAUGCCCAGCGCCUGGCCAAAUACCAGGAAGCAGACUCAGAGGAGGAGGAAGUGGUACCCAGAGGGAGCACAGUGUCGCAGCGUGGAAGCAUUGGAAGCCACCAGAGCAUCCGGAUAAUGAGCAGGAGCCAGAGCACCAGGUCCCACCGGCGCACGGGCAGCCGGGCCGAGGCCAGGAGGGCCAGCAUCCUGUCCAAGCAUACGGCCUUCAGCAGCCCCAUGGAGAAAGACAUUACGCCCGACCCGAAGCUGUUUGAGAAGGUGAGCGAGUGUGACAGGUGCCUGGCUAUCUCGAGACACCAGGAGCACCCACUCGCUCACCUCUCCCCGGAGCUGUCCGAUGUGUUCGACUUCUUCAUCGCGCUGACCGUGUGCAACACAGUAGUCGUCACAGCCCCAGAUCAGCCCAGGCAAAAGGUGAGGGUGCGGUUUGAGCUGAAGUCCCCCGUGAAGACGAUAGAAGACUUCCUGCGGAGAUUCACUCCCAGCCGCCUGACCUCAGGCUGCAGCAGCAUUGGGAGCCUGGCCACCAACAAGUCCAACCACAAAUCAAACCCCAACUUCCUGCCCAACCUGCCCAACGACAGCACGCUCCUCGGGCUGGAGGAGAAGCUGGACCAGACCGAACCAACCAUUGCCAGCAAUGGCUUCAGCACACAGUCGGACUGCUGGGCCCCAGAGCAAGCCCAGGAGCAGAAACAGGUGUCGGAGGUGCAGCAGGAGCGGGAGCUGCGGUAUGAGGCGGAGAGCCCGGAUGAGGCGGCCCUGGUGUAUGCGGCCAGGGCCUACAACUGCGCACUUGUGGACCGGCUGCACGACCAGGUGUCUGUGGAGCUGCCCCAUCUGGGCAGGCUCACCUUUGAGCUCCUGCACACACUGGGCUUCGACUCCAUCCGCAAGAGGAUGUCGGUGGUGAUCCGGCACCCGCUCACUGACGAGAUCAAUGUCUACACCAAGGGGGCCGAUUCAGUGGUCAUGGAUCUCCUGCUGCCCUGCUCCUCAGAUGACGCCAGAGGAAGGCAUCAAAAGAAGAUCCGAAGCAAAACGCAGAAUUACCUCAACCUGUAUGCAGUGGAAGGCCUGCGCACCUUGUGCAUUGCCAAGCGGGUUCUCAGCAAAGAAGAGUAUGCCUGUUGGUUACAGAGCCACUUAGAAGCAGAAUCUUCUGUGGACAACCGUGAGGAACUCCUCUUCCAGUCUGCCUUGCGCCUGGAGACAAAUCUGCACCUGCUAGGUGCCACUGGGAUUGAAGACCGCCUGCAGGAAGGAGUCCCCGAAACCAUCACUAAAUUGCGUCAAGCAGGCCUGCAGAUUUGGGUUCUCUCUGGUGACAAGCAAGAAACAGCCAUUAACGUUGCAUAUGCCUGCAAACUGCUGGAUCAUGGCGAGGAGAUCAUCACCCUGAAUGCCGAGUCCCAGGAAGCAUGUGCCGCCCUGCUGGACCAGUGCCUGCAGUAUGUGCAGUCCCGGGGCAUCUGCAGCACCCCUGAGAAGACAGAAGGCAACGUGAGCGUAGGGUUUGCCCCUCUCUCCUCAACCUCCGUGUCCACUGCUGCCACCCCCAGUCCGUGCCUCGUGAUCGAUGGGAGGAGUCUAGCCUAUGCCUUGGAGAAAAACCUGGAGGACAGAUUUCUCAUCCUUGCCAAGCAAUGUCGCUCGGUCCUCUGCUGUCGGUCAACCCCUCUGCAGAAGAGCAUGGUGGUGAAGCUGGUCAGAAGCAAGCUCAAGGCCAUGACUUUGGCCAUAGGUGAUGGAGCCAAUGAUGUCAGCAUGAUCCAGGUGGCAGAUGUGGGUGUAGGAAUCUCAGGCCAGGAAGGCAUGCAGGCAGUGAUGGCCAGCGACUUUGCAGUGCCAAGAUUCCGAUACCUGGAGAGACUCUUAAUUGUUCACGGACAUUGGUGCUAUUCCCGUCUUGCUAACAUGGUGCUGUAUUUCUUCUACAAAAACACAAUGUUCGUGGGCCUCCUGUUUUGGUUCCAGUUUUAUUGUGGUUUCUCUGCAUCUGCCAUGAUUGACCAGUGGUAUCUAAUCUUCUUUAACCUGCUCUUCUCAUCGCUUCCCCAGCUUGUGACUGGGGUGCUAGACAAGGAUGUGCCGGCCAGGGUGCUGCUGUCUGAGCCGCAGCUCUACAGGAGUGGCCAGAACAUGGAGGAAUAUCGGCCAUGUACGUUCUGGUUAAACAUGGCAGACGCUGCCUUCCAGAGCCUGGUUUGCUUCUUCAUUCCUUACCUGGCCUAUUACGACUCAGAAGUGGACAUGUUUACCUGGGGGACCCCCAUCACAGCCAUCGCGCUGUUCACCUUCCUGCUGCACCUGGGCAUUGAAACCAAAACCUGGACCUGGCUCAACUGGAUAACGUGUGGCUUCAGUAUCCUUUUAUUCUUCUCCGUGGCCUUGGUGUACAAUGCAUCUUGUGCGACGUGCUAUCCUCCAUCUAACCCAUAUUGGACCAUGCAGACAUUACUGGGCGACCCCCUAUUUUACUUGACUUGCCUCGUAGCCCCUGUCGCUGCGCUACUGCCCAGAUUGUUUUUCAAAGCCCUCCAGGGGAGUCUUUUCCCUACCCCACUUCAGCUGGGACGUCAGUCAGCCAAGAAGACCCCCAAGAAGCUCAGCACUUCCAAAGGGAACCUUGCUCAGGAGCCCCUCCCAAGAGACCAGAGAACUGAGGACUCAGAAGAGAGGACCAUCGGCCCUUCCGAGUCUCUCUCUGGGGACUUUGCCUCCCAGGCUUCAUGGCACACACCACAGCUGGCCUGUUCCCCAGAGGCCAGUGGGGAGCCCAGCGCGGUGGAUAUGAGUGUGCCCGUGAGGGAGGACCCCCUUCCGGAGGGGCUGAGUGCUCAGCCCCCAGAGUCUUCCACACCAGGACAGGCUAUGCCAGCAGACUGUCCUGGGGACUCCAAGAGGAAACCCAGCAGUACGGGCAGGGCAGCCCCCCUGUCGUCCCUCUUCAACCUGCCCAACUUCAGCUCCCUCAACUGGAUCUCCUCCCUGUCUCUGGUCAGUGGGCUGGGCAGUGUCUUGCAGUUCUCCCGAAGUGGUUUGCAGAUGGACAAGCGGGACGGCGAGUUCCUGUCCAGACCUCCACAGCCAGAUCAAGACCUGCAUGACUUACGGGGACACGCCACGGACUACUUCUAGGAGCACCUUCCAGUGACCACGGUGACUGCGGUCACACUGAAAACCUUGAAAUGGCCCUUUUUUAUAUAUAUGACAUAGAUGUGAAUAUUAUUUAUGUUUAUUAUUUGCACAGAAGAGUUCUAGGAAGAUGUAUUUUUUAAAUGUUUCCAAGGCUAACACAGGAAACGAGAGGUACCAAAGAAAGUUUAUUUUUUGAAGUUCUACGUAGAGUAUAUUGAGAAGAGAAAUAAGAGCUUUAACAUAUAUAAAAGUUUCAGGAAGAGUGACACUUGAGAAGUGUGUUUAGAUUUAUUUUUUCAUCUCAUUUUGUAAGAAGAGGCAAUAUGAUUGUUUUUAUCAGCAAGCAUGACCUUUUUUCUCCCCGAAUUUAAGUGUGUGAUUGAAUUCAGUGAACUUCAGAUGGGUGUCAGUGGGACAGAGGGAUCAAUGUCAGAGGGGAGAGUGUUGGGCCCCCAAGGCAGAUUCGCCCACUGGCUUCCAAUCCCACCAACAUGGGAGGGCUGGGGCUCCCCUUCACCCAGAAAAGGGAAAGUGAGACCUGAAGAGGAAUUCAUGUGUGCAGUUCAAUCCGGUGCCCGAUUCUAUGCAGGUAUUUCACGAAGAUCACCUUGUAGGUAUGACAGCCCCUCUGCAGCAUUUUGCCUGUUAAAAUCAUAAGCAAUAAACAACCUUCACCUUGCAAAGAGCAUGUCCAGUAGUUGCCACUGUUUUGUGAAGUUGUGACCUCAUGGAGUGUUCUGAAUACUGCAGGGUAAUUCUUCGUGGCAAGUGCUUUAGAUGCUACGAAGACAAGAUUCAGUGCAUCUAAGCCACAAUGCCCAUACCACCCAUCACACCACACUCCAUGCACCAGGCUUCCAGACCAACCAGACCCUUCUCACCAAGAAGCUAGGAUUUUUCAGGAAUUAUCUUCAGGCCCUUUGUCUAAUGAGCCACGAUUUCUGUCCCUCUAAAAAGAGAAAAGGAAAAUCUGAAAUGAUACAAAUCAGACAAUUACAUGCAAUUAUUCUCUGAGUUCUCUUUAUAUUUUGUCAAACCAAUAAGUCACCUGCUGUGCUCAGCAUUGGGAAUAUGAAGUUAGUAGGGUGUGGUCUCUUCUAUGUGGGACUUAUGGUUCCUGCAGGAACCUCUUCCUGAAAACAGCAAUGCAGAAGGGGCUAAGGACCUGAGGACAAACUCGUGAGCAUAGCAUACAUGGUCAGAAUGGCUGGUUAUUCAAUGAAUGUGACCCACUGCAAGUAACAAAAAGUGUACCUCCUUCUGGUCAAACAAAGGAAAGACACAAACUCCCUGUCUGCAAGCCCAGGAAGAGGGUGGGCUUCAGGCUGAUUGGACUCAACAACACAGAUCCAACAUGCGAUAUUUUGAGUGUGUCCCCCAAAAUUCCUUUAUUUGAAACUUAACCCCCAAUCAGCAGUCUUGGCAGGUGGGCCCUCUGGGGAGGUGUUUAGGCCAUGAAGGCUCUGCCCUUGUGGAUGAAUUCAUCCUGCUAUAAAAUAGGGCUUGUGGGAGUCAUUUCACGCUGUUGCCCUUCCAUCUGCUGCCAUGUGAGGUGGCCGCAAGAAGACUCUCGCAAGAUACAGGUGCCUUGAUCUUGGACCUCUCAGCCUCUAGAAACAUGAGGCAAUAAAGUUCUGUUCCUAUUAUCCAGUCUCAGGAGUUCUGUUACAGCAUCACAAAAAGAUUAGGACCCAAGGCUUGUUUUCACUUAGCUUUCUGAGAAGACUCUCCACUUAGUGAUGCAAUGGCUGGAGGAGUCACCCCACACUACACAGAGGGGAGAGAAGGCACCUCUUCCACACCCCAGGUAGAGCCCUGUUUUCCUCAACCUCCUCCUGCAUGGGCUGCACAAUGGUCUCACAAAUUACCAGCAAAUGGCAAGGAAUAUUCUGAGCAGGGUUUCCUGUUGCAGUUGGGAGACAGGUCUGCUUCUCUCAAAGUGCCUAGGUUGCAUGAGUGCAUGCCCGGAGGAAUGUCUAAGUCAUGUCAAAUGGGGAGGCAGAGGGGAGUGGGAAGCAGCUUCCACAGUCAGCACACCAGCCUGAAGGUGACCACUGGCCCAAUCCUUCCUCCUCCAAGCCUGAUGCCACCUCAUCUGUACUUGGAGCAGCCAGUAUGAAAAGAAUGUCAUGGGAAGGUACACAAUGCUACUGUUUUCUGAAUUAAGGGGAUAAUUGUUAGCACAAAGAACAAGAAGACCUAAAAGCAUAUUUACCUGAGUAACUGAGACUUUAAAAUGCCUCAGCCUCCAGGUUGCUCUGUACUCACCACUUACCUGCUCUCCAAGGAACACUCUUCUGUAGAUACUUCCUCUUGGGCAAUAGAAUGAUCCAAGUGGUGGCGCUGGGAAUGUGCACACUGAAGCCACUUUAGAAAAAUAAACAUUGUAAAUGGCCUCAGCAGGUGGCUGCUCUUCAAGGUGAGGAACAGUCAUGAAAACCUGCAGUCCUCACAAUGAACUGAUCUCAGAUAAGCACUGGGUGAACUAUGUUAGCAACUUCUAAUAAAUCUAUAAAAAUAGGAAGGCCAACUCUGCUAAGCAACAAAAUAGCUGGACUAGUUAUUUGACAAUUACAUUACAUGUCUAUUUCAAAGUCAAAAUCAAUUGAUUUUAAGUUCUCAGACGUUGUAUAGUGUAUUCACCUGGUAUUCCUGGCACUGAACACAAUCUAGCAGUUGGAAUGCAGUCAGUGAGUGAUGAAUCAAAAAACAAAUGAUAAUAGUGAAACACUCAAGAUAUUUGUGUUAAAAUCAGAGAUAAAGUUGCUUGUUACAACAAUUAAUAUUAUGGAAUUUCUGACUAAUGCAAUAAGACAAAUUUUUUAAAAGAAUGAAAAUUUGAAUGGUAGAGACCAAAUUACCACUACUUACACAUGAUAUUAAAUACCAGAACAAUUCAAAUGAAUAAAAGGCUCUUUGAACUAAUAAGAUGAGGAAAUACAUUGGCUCAUAAUGAGUAAAACAAAUCACAUCUUUUCUACAGAGCAAUGAAAGCCAGUCAGAUACCAUAAUGGGGUAGAAAAAGAUUUCAUUCACCAACAUAACAUCAACAGUUACCAAACUUAAAAUGCUAGAGAACAAUCUUAGUAAGUAUAAAGACAAUUCCCGGAGUUAAGGAAGAUGUUAACCAAAGUCUUAACCAUAAAGGCAUGUCUUGUUCCUAGGUUAGAAAUACUAUAUGGGUGCUAUUUUCAAGACACAAAUCUUUGUAGUCCUUUUUAUUUUUGUUUCCUUUGUUUAGGUAUUUCCAAAAUUAAUAAAAUGAUUCUACCCCCAUCAUGUAGUAUGAGAGUAUUUCAAAAAUUCAUAAAAAAUGGAAUUGAAAAAUAUAUUUAUUUUGAUUAAAAAAUGUGACAUCUAUGCAUAAUUUUUUCGUGAUUCAUAUUUUCAUGAACUUUUUGAAGACCCCUUGUAUAUGCUGACCUUGGUGGUAAUAAGUACCCCAUGCUAUUAAAUAAUG